CGGCUGUCAUCGGACAUAAAGCUCCAUAGAUGUCAUCCGGCAGAGUGUGUAGUGCAUGUUUUGCACUCUGCUAACUAUUUUUAUUAGAAAAUAGCGAAAAAAGUUUCAUGUGCGCUAAAUAAAAACUUUGUCUAGCCGCAGUGUUGAAGUUUUGAGUUUUGCAAGUUUCAGAAAAGUGUGUUAAGUAUCCGCUUUUUUCGCUAAUAAUUGUACAUGGAUCAGGUGUAUUAACUCGGCAAAGAUUGUUCAAUUUAAUCAUGUGACCACAGGACCCACACAUUUCUCGUAUCAUCAACAAAAGAAAUCCAAUCGAUAGGGAUUCUGCUUCCGAAGUUGGAAUGUAACAAUUGCCAACGGUCGGCUGCUCUCGGAUGACAAGUUAUGCCGAUGAUGAAAAUGACGGAGGCAACGAGUGCAAGGGUAGCUGUUCAACACAAAUCGCCAAGUGAAAUUACGAUCACGCCGGAACGCAAUCAAUUAUUACUGAAGACCGCAUCGAAGCGGAGUAAAAGCAAAACGUAGGCUCGCAGAGACAAGGUUGUUCCGAACUAUUGCGAUAGAGUAAAUCAAUUUUAUCACCGGACGCAUUUAGACCAUUUAGACACAUAAUAAGCAUUAAUUUGAUUGAUCUCGGCGAAACAACAACAUCAACCUCCAGGGAAUUGAACUCACGUGUGUUCUGGAGCAAACAGUGAAAUGUUAAAUAAGGCACAAAAACUGUUACUUGGGAUAGUCUUGCUAGUGCUUGUCGAUGUUAUUUGGGUAUCCUCGAGUGAACUGACCAAGUUUCUAUAUGAUGACGAAAAGUACGACAAGCCGUUCUUCUGCACCUACUUUAAGUCAUCUAUGUUUACAAUCUAUCUGGUAUUUCUGGGACUCAUUGCACCAUGGAAGGAAAGUUGCAAUCGAAAUGGAAACUAUGCGCUCAUGGAAGCGGCAGAGGAAGACGAUGCUUUCUACGGAAAUGGAGCUUCUAGUUUGAGUGAUUCCUCCUUCGUCCCAAUCAAAGCGGAUGCCCAGGUUUCUGGCACCGAGAGUGAUGAUUCUAGUAUACGAAGUGUACGGUUUAGCAAGGUAGCCGAAGUUCGUGAAAUGUCACCUCAUGAGGCAACUGAAGCGCUCAUGUCGCGACUUUCGUAUGCCGCCAGUUUGAGAGUGCGUCGCCAAAAAUCACAUCACAAGACUGCUCGCACGGCACUGAUGUUUUCGAUUCUGUGGUUCAUCGCCAACUACAUGUUUCAACUGGCAUUGGAGCCAAGCGAAACCGCCAUGGUAACUUUGCUGAGUUCAACCUCAAGCCUCUUCACGUUGGUUUUGGCAGCCAUGUUCCCUUCGUCGUGUGGAGAUAAACUUACAGUAUCGAAAAUAUUUGCAGUUCUUCUGACCAUCUCCGGGGCUGUCAUGGUCUCUCUAUCGGAAAUAUCGGAACCGAAGAUGACUCGAGGCAUUGUACUGGCCAUAACGAGCGCCUUCUUUUAUGCCUCCUAUUUGGUGCUAGUCAAGCGAAAAAGUGAUACCGAGGAAAAAAUUAACAUUCCGCUAUUCUUUGGAUUUGUGGGAAUGUGGAAUCUGCUGCUGCUGUGGCCUCUACUGUUCGUACUUAACUUUUCGCAGUUGGAAGUGUUCGAGCUACCAUCGCGAAAACAGUUUCUGGUGCUCUUCCUGAACGGUAUGAUUGGGACAGUUCUGUCCGAGGCCCUCUGGCUGUGGGGCUGCUUUUUAACGUCGUCCUUGAUUGGAACUGUAGCCAUCUCGUUACAAAUUCCAGUAGCGAUGCUGUUCGAUAUGCUGCUUCACGGCAAGAGCUACCCAUUGCUGUUCUAUCUCGGCUCGUUGCCGAUGUUCCUUUCGCUGGUGCUCGUAGCCUUUCUGAUGAAGUUCGAUGACUGUGAUCCUUUGCUAAAGUUCUGCAAACUGGUCUAUAGGCGGCUGCGGAACUGUCGAAAGACGAACGUUGUCCGAAUACCGGACCUGGAGGAACAACACGAGUCCCUAAUAGAUGACAGUCAUGAGAAUUAGGUGAUUCUUUGGAAGGAGAUUGCAGAUUCGGGCAUAAAUGAACUUGAUUUUAGUGAGAAGAAAGUGUUUUAGCUUUUGUUUUAUGAUCAGACAAAUGUUUCCUACCACAUUGGGCAGGUUUGCAAUAGGAAUUGUGCGUUAUAGUUGAAGUUGUUUACUAUUAUCAUUUGAUUUUUUAAUGGUGGGUGGAAG